AAAACUCCUUUGCCAUCAGGGAGCAGUGAGACCAAAGACACUGGAGUCUAAACUGCAGCUGUUUUGUUGUUCAGUCAAACUGAGCUGUGGCAGCAAAGUCUUCUCAUGGACACGUUUUAAUGUGAGUCUCUACACAGCAUAGAUUGUUGUGUCCUGGGACUGAAAGGUUUUUAGCCUUCUUCUACCAUCAUCACCUGGUUUAAGCUGCCCAGUCCAGAGCAGCGUGCUUUCCAGAUGCCGCCAUGCCCAUCAUCAGCAACGCCAACCAUGACUUCAGCAACCUGUCGGUCAGCGAUGACAGCAGCCUCGACCGCAUCUUCACCGAGAUCCCUGAGACCGAGACCAUCAAGGGUGUGUACUACCAGAGGGCUCAGUUCAUCAAGCGGCCAGAGGACCUGGUGUCGGUCGACCACGGCCUGCUGGCGGUGAUCAACGUCGGAGGGAAUCGCUACACCUUCCCUUGGAGCACCCUGGAGCAAUUCCCCCUCACCCGACUGGGCCGACUCUCCGGCUGCCGGUCCCCCGAGGAAAUCGCCAAUGUCUGCGACGACUACGACGAAACGUACAAGGAGUUCUUCUUCGACCGCUCGCCGUCCGCCUUCAGGGUCAUCCUCAACUUCCUGGCCGCCGGGAAACUGCGCAUCCUGCGUGAGAUGUGCGUCCUGUCCCUGCACGACGAGCUGACCUACUGGGGCGUGGAGAUGACAUACAUGGAGCGCUGCUGCAAGAGGAAGAUGUACACGCGCAUCGAGGAGGUGAACGAGCAGGAGCGCCGCGAGGAGGAGUGCCGACAGAGAAACGCCAUGCAGCGAGUUCCCGUGGUGGAGACCAACUACCGUAAGGUGAUGAACUGGCUGCGAGACACGAUGGAGAAUCCACAAUCUGGUUUACCGGGGAAGAUCUUCGCCUGCAUGUCGGUGAUCAUGGUGGUGGUGACUGUUGUCAGCUUGUGCAUCAGCACCAUGCCCGACCUCAGAGAGGAAGAAGACAGGGGCGAGUGUUCCUCCAAGUGCUACAACAUGUUCAUCAUAGAGACGGUGUGUGUGGCCUGGUUUUCCCUGGAGUUUGUCCUGCGCUUCAUUCAGGCUCCCAGCAAGCUGGACUUCCUCCGCGGGCCACUCAACAUCAUCGACGCCAUGGCCAUCCUUCCCUACUACGUGUCGCUGGUGGUGAGUGAGGAGGACCCUGACCUGGAGCAUGAGCGGCCAGGAGGAGGUAAGGGCUACUUAGACAAGCUUAGCCUGGUGCUGAGGAUCCUGCGGGCGCUGAGGAUCCUCUACGUGAUGCGCUUGGCCCGCCACUCGCUCGGCCUGCAGACGCUCGGGCUGACGGUCAGGCGCAGCACCCGGGAGUUCGGCCUCCUCCUGCUUUUCCUCUGCGUGGCCGUCACCCUCUUUUCCCCGCUGGUCCACUUGGCCGAGAGCGAGCUCACGGGCACCCAUGACUUCAGCAGCAUCCCCGCCUCCUACUGGUGGGCCAUUAUCUCCAUGACAACCGUGGGCUACGGCGAUAUGGUACCGAGGUCCAUUCCAGGGCAGGUGGUAGCGCUGAGCAGCAUCCUCAGUGGGAUCCUCAUCAUGGCCUUCCCUGCUACCUCCAUAUUCCACAUGUUCUCUCGCUCCUACCAAGAGCUCAAGAUGGAGCAUGACCGAUUGUUUAAGGAAGAGUGCGCGGCUGCCGCAGCUGCUGCUGCCGCCGCCUCCGGGGAUCUGCCGGAGGCGGCGGGCGAGGGCGGGGUUGGGGCCUCAGCUCCACCUGGUCUGGGAUCACAUCUAGACAAGCAGACUGUGCACUCACUGGAGUCGCUGGCUCUGCUGGGGAAAGGUGCCGAAGCUGCAGGAAAUAACAACCACAGCCUUCCAGCAGCUGCUUUCUGAGCCGCGCUCGCACUGACUGACUGAAUCCAAAGCUUCGAAGAACAUACGCGUCCCUUAAUCUCUAUCUUAUACACUGUAAAACUACUGCAAAUGACUACUGCUCCGAAUGCCUCACUCCCCGCGUGGCUAUGAAGCAUCUGUGUUGCAUUGGAUAAGAGGAGAUUACACACAUACAGCAUUUGCUUUGCUCUUCAUCUGAUGAUAGGGAGCACAAGUGUGCACACCGCUGACUGCACAGAAACUGAAAGACAUGAAACCCUUUAAAUUGGACGGUUCAGUCUGUCUGACCAGAAAGCCUCCGCAGCAAUAUUAUUAACUGGUUGCUUCCAUAAACAUGCAAUAGUCAGUCCAAAGUUGCUUUUCCUUCCACUGUGAAAAUACCUAAAAGCCCAACUGCAACAGUUCAGUUUUAUUCACAUUACUUUUUAAUAUGUUGCCUGCAGUAUGACCUGAAAAUGUGUCUCUACUGUCUAUUCUACUUUUCUGCCAUGAAUACAAAGAAGUGCUCCUCUUUUAGUUUAUUUUCUGAGAAGCUUGAAGCCAUGUUCUGAGAAGAAACGUUAACAAACAAAUAGUUUUGUCUCUUAAAAGACGUAUAUCCAUCGCUCCUUUAUGUAUCUCCUGUGUGCGUGGACUCUCUGCUGUGAACUCCAGGUAAACUGAGCGAGGAUGCUGCAGACGCUGUGAUCCAGACUGUUUUUGUUUUUUAAAUCAGUUUAGGAGGAAAUGAAGGGAUGGAGCGAGCGAGAGAGAGGGCGAGAGAGAGAGAAAGAUAGAGAGCAUUUGAGGGUGUGUGAGUGAGAGAGAGAAUGAGCGCUGACAACCAUGAAAUGUACUUUGCAAUGCUUCAAAUAAAAGCUCUCCUGGUAAUAUGAGAGAAAUCCA